AUAAGAUAUUAUGUAACCGAGUUAUUUUUUAUUAUUUUAUUAUUUAUGUUUACUAUGAAUCCAGUAAUUGUUUACGAUGCUAAUGCAAUUGGAUAUUGGUUAUAUGUGAUGGUGAUAUGUGGUUUAUUUACCGAAUGUAAAGUUAACAAAAGUAAAUAUUCUUUAGUAUAGGGUAAGUGUAUUCCACUUCCUUAAAUUAGUUAUGAAAAUGACUAAUUAGCUAUCAUCAUAGUGUUAGAUUAAACUGACAAAAACUUUAUGCGUUAUGGAGUCUUAAAAUAUUCUAACUUCCGACUCUUCCUGUUUUACUGGAAAGCAACAUGCCCCGGAUAUUGAUGGUUUGUUGUGAGCAAAAAGGCUCGUGUGGGUCACGUUGUGCUGCAGGAUGUUGUCUGUAAUCUUGUCUCUGUGGAUACAAGGACAAAGACCCUGCUGAGGAAAUCAAAAUAAGCACAUUCACACUAUAGUUGAGAAAACGUAAACAUGUCAGACAUGAGGAACUUUGCGUGCCCUCCCAACAACACGGCACUGAUAAGGAGUGCAAAAAGGAAGCAAAAGAAGAAAAACAACCAGUUUCGUAAAAAGAUGCAGUACUUAGAGACAAAGGGCUAUGUUAAGGGUAAACACGGAUUCAACCACUGCAGGUCAGACAACAGACAUGACCAAGCUCCUCGCCAAAAUGGAGCGUACCGAAGUGUUCCUCCAUCUUCCACACGAAAACAAAGUUUAUUUCAUGUAGCCAGUACAUCCAGUGCUUCACACUGUAGCUCUAGGCCUUCUGGAUCCACACACAACCAGCCUCCCUUCUCUUCCUCUGUGAACAGCAAAGACAGCCAUGAAAACCAAAAGGAACCCGUGAACACAAAAUUAAUGGGAACUGGCUCUGGCCCUGGCCCCUCAUCAUCAGCAGGGAUCCCCACAAAAUAUCUUGCCAUUGACUGUGAGAUGGUGGGCACGGGACCAAAAGGGGCCCAUAGCCAGCUUGCACGCUGCAGUAUAGUGUCCUAUGAAGGAGAUGUGGUUUAUGAUAAGUUCAUAUUGCCCCCCGUGCCAGUCACUGACUACCGCACCAGAUGGAGUGGCAUCCGACGCAAUGACCUUAACAAUGCCACGCCGUACUUGGAGGCGAGGAAGGAGAUACUGAGGCUCCUCAGGGGAAAGGUGGUGAUUGGCCAUGCAAUCCACAACGACUACAAGGUCCUCGAUUAUUCACACCCCGCUGCCUUAACCAGGGACACUUCCCGAAUAUCUCUUCUCAACCUGAAGGCUGGCUUUGCAGAGAAUGAGUGUGCCUCACUGAAGAGACUCACAAAGGCCAUCUUCAGUCGUGACAUCCAGACCGGAAGGAAGGGUCACUCUUCUGUGGAGGAUGCAAGAGCCACGAUGGAACUUUACAAAGUGGUGGAAGUGGAGUGGGAGAGGACACUGGCCUCCAAAUCCCAGCCGAGAUAGCACCAAGUCUGGGGAGACAACGUGAACGCAAAACUCAAAUUAAAUUUGAGACGGCAGGCAUGUGGUUUUGGCUUAGUGAUUCACUGCAGGGUUUAAUGGUUCCAAGUAGAAACCAGGAAAACUAGUUACCUUUCUACCAGCUACCUGAUAUUUCCAACUGCACUGUUAUUUUGAGAGAAGAAGAACAUGAACUGUAGUUAGGUUUUUCCUCAGGGUUUACAUUGUGUUUAAAUGGUGCUUCUGCCACUUGGGGGCAGACAUGUAUUUCUUGUAACAAGAAAGAAAGACAUGGAAACAAGAAGUAUCUGUGAUCUUGUAUACCAAAAACACUUUGAAGUGUUUUUAACCUGUCAGUGGUGUAGCUAUUAUAGGAAAAGCUCACACCUCAUUGUGUAUUCUUAUUUUUCUAUCAUUUGGACACAUGAAGAUGGACUCUGACUAAAAUGCUGCCAAAAGAGGUUGAUCCUGUGCCACUUUAGUUUAGGUCAAACAUGGAAGCCUAAUAAUGCAAUACUGUUCUGCUUUGUUUGGUCAAAGUCACUUGUAGCUUUUAUUAAGGAGAAAUUUUAACUUACUAGUAGUUUAAAUGUCUUUUCAGUAUUCUUUUCAGUGUGAAGCAUACACUUUCUAUACAGAAUGCCAGAGUAUGAGUGAAUGUUCAGAUUUCUAAUUUCUCUUUUAAUUAAUUGUAAAACCUGCACAUACACCAAAAUACUGAGGAUAUGACUUAAUGUUCCUCAUUGCCCUGAUGAUCCUCAUAUAUUCAUCAUAUCAGACACAACAUUAAAACCACUGACAGGAGAAUUAAAUAAUAUUGACCAUCUUGUGACAAUUUGAGUUGUUCAACUCAAAAACAUGAACAGCACAAGGUGUUGACCUGGUCUUCAACUUGACUAGAUCCCAAACUGAUCAAGUAUCUGUGGGACGAUUACCAGACACCACAGGACACCCUCAGAAGACCUGUGUCCAUUCUCUGACAAUAUUAGGGACUGUGGUCAUAAUAUUGUGUCUGAUUGGUAUUUCUUCUGGCAUAGGAGUGAAUGACGACCAAUGAACAGCUGAUUAACCCACCUCCUUCCAGUCUGUAAAUGUAAUUCUGCUAUUUUGGAAAAUGGAAAUAGUUACUUUCAGGUUUUGUCAUUCUGGUCUUAACUUCAAUAAGUCAUUACUAUAACAUAUUACUCAUUAGAAUGAUUACUGAUAAAAAGCAGGGAUAAUAAUAAUAAUAAAAAAACUUCCUUGUGCAAUUGGUGUGGUAGAUUGUGAUAAAGGUUGGACUAUGACAGCUCUAAAUGUAUAAGUGAUCUGAACCCUGAAGACUUUGACUAUGUUAUCUACAUUAUGUAGUAAGAGGACCGAGGUGCCUGUCUACAGUAUACCUACAGUGUACCAUAUUAGUCCAAAAAUAAGACCACUGAAUUGAUUCCAUUAUUAGUUUUGUAUUUUUUGUUUCUAUCUAAAAUGCAGGUUGUCAUGUGCCACAAAUCAUAUGCAAAAUUGUUGUUCAUUUUCAUUUGAUAUGUUUUAGUCAGUAACUGAAAAUGGAUUCUGUAGCAGCAAGCCCUGUGAGGCUGUACUCGCUUCAAGAGUCAUGCUUUAUGCCAACAUGACAUGUAACAGAAAUAAUGUUUACCAGUUGUUCACUCACAGUUUACUGUGUUAAAUUACUAAUGUUUGCAAUAUCAUUAGUUUUCAGAUAAAAGUUCAAAAACAAACUAAAAAUUUGAUCACUGACAAAAUGUCGAUCCUCUUUAUUUGGCAAAUCUCAGUGCUUUCACAGAUAUAUUAAGUAGGGUUCAUCUAUGUCAACUAUGGAAUUCUGUUGUAUGGUAGAUUUCUUGGGAGUAUGUACGUAAGUUAAUAUAUUUCACUAAUAAGUAAAAAUGUUAACCUCCUGGUUUAACCUGGGAACCAGACAAAUCUGAGAGCUCAUUUCUUUUGCUAUGACAAGACAUGUUUGGCCCCUUUCUAAUUCAAACUUAUUUCUACCCAGACAGGACAAUUACAAUCCGUUAUCUAACUUGGGGCAAGUGUGAUGUGAUGACUGUAUCACCUACAAAAGCAUUUUAAUUUUUUUGUGAUUAAAAAAGGUUUUCACACUUA